AUGCCUCGCAGACAGCUGCAAGUAUAUUCGCAGAAUAAUAAGUGGAUUAUAACUUUCGUGGUCUUCGGCGGCCCCUGUUCUUCAGGCGAGACCGGGAAGCUGGCUUCGAGACGUGGCUCUAAGAAGUCAUUCUCGGGUUCGGCAGUUGACCAGUCGCGCCAGUCACGCAGGCAUCCAGAAUCUAAGCAAGAGAUCUCUAUAAAGAAAGUGGUAAACGCCGCGACCAAGAAGGAGAAGGGCGAAGGCGCUGAUGCAGCGCCUGGCAAGCCACCGGCGGCUGCUUCGAGCGCAUCCAAAGCGGCCACCACAGCGAAGACCCAGCCUUCUAAAAGCGGCAGUAGCCGACGCAAGCCCAGUGCGUGGGACACCUGGAAGUACCCGGCGUACGGCUUCGGGGGAGGCGUCCUAUUUCUUGUACUCACCAUUCUUCUCUACAGGGUAAUGUUCCCGUACCCUAUGAUCCCGACCAAGUUCUACUCCAUCUGCGAAACGGGCGGCUGCGCCGAAUUCAGCCGCCUCAUCCGCAGCAGCAUCAACACGGCGCUCGAUCCUUGCGAGAAUUUCUACCGCUUCGUGUGCUCCAACUGGGACUCGCAGCACAACGUGAGCAUGCGGCAGUUACACCGAGACAACUACGUGGCAUCACUGGCUACCACGGCCCGUGGCGUGUCCGCGCCCACCAAAGGGACACGUCAGAAUCUGCGCCAGAAGGCGGCGCUGCUUUACCAGAGCUGCGAGGCCGUGGCUCACAGGCGUCGCGACGACACCGGACAGUUCCGUAACCUCCUGGCGCAAGGGGGUCUGACUUGGCCGCAGCCCCCUAAAAAGGAGUCACCUGCUAGCGAAAACAGUGUAUCAUUUCUGGAAGCACUAGCCUACAGCAACUUCCAAGUCGGCUUCGACCCAGUAUUCACUGUUGACCUGGCCGACGAUGUCAUCGUGUCCAUGAAACCGACGGACAUCAUCCCAGACUGGAUCCACACUAGGGGCGAGUGGAAGGCCGAGGACACGUACGACGACAGGUUGCGCCAAGUGUGCCACCAUUUCAGUGGCCUGCGGAGCACGUGCGAAGCCGAGCUCGAGGCCUUCGCGAGUGCCGACGACCAACAAAGCAAGGCUUUCACCGUGCUCUUCAGGGAUGAUGACGGGCCACCACUGAACCGAAGCCAGUUCGAAAACGCAACCUCGGCAAGGCCUUUCGGCGACUGGGCGCGUGUCUUCUCCCGGCUGCUCAACAUUACCCUGGAGCAAGUAGGCGCACCGGCCACAAAAUUCCACCUCAGGGACCCAGCUUUCUUCCGCGCUCUUAACUCGGCCCUGGCCAAGUUCAGCGAUGAGUCCUUGGUCGUGUACCUGGCAUGGAUGACAAUCUUCCACCUUGGACCGCUCUUCAGCGCCGAGCUGUCAGAUGCGAUAGUCGGCAGCACCACAUCAACCCUGGCUGGGCGUGUUGUUGAGACGCGAUGUUUAAUCUUCAUGGAGAAAUUGCUUGGUCAGGCCAUGCCGGCAGCUUUCGUGCAGCUCAACGUAGCAGAUGAGGCUCAAGAGGACAUCCGUCGUAUAACAAAGAACAUCGACUACCCUCUCAACAUUACGCUGACGAAAUUCACGAGCAACGGCUCGGAGCCAGCCCACGACUUCUCCAAGUUCACAACACGGCCUCACUUGUUUGGCGACAUUGACCCUUUUCUGAGUGUUGCCGAACUCGAGCUAGCCACCGCGGACGUUCUCCCGGAAAUGGGAGACUCUGUGCUCACAAACUACCGGCGCACGAUUGCGUUCAGGCGCACAAUAUGGAUCGGUGGCUGCUAUGCCCCAAAGCUGGACCGGCGCAACUACUAUCGCUUCUACGACCGGGCCUGCCGUACGGUGGUGGUGUCGCCAAUAGCUGCCACGCUGCCCAUCUACGACGAGCAGACCAGCUCGGGCCUACGGUACGGAGCCAUCGGGUCUCUGGUCUCUGAGGCGCUGUUCGAGGCCUUCUACGAUACGCGCGACGAACUCGGCCCUGUGCAGCGAGAUAAGCUUAACAGUGCACGGACGUGCAUCGAACGCUUAAUAUUCAAGGUGGACACCGUUGAGAACAUGGAGGAGGCCUUCCUGCUUUUCGGCGGCAGUGCGGCGCUGUGGUCGGCGUACCGCUCCGAGGUGUACUUGCAGGACCGGCGGCUGCCUGGACUCGAAGAAUACUCGGAGGACAUGCUCUUCUUUAUCUCGUUCUGCUUCAUCCAGUGCGGCGGCAGCGCCAUGCCGAGGGACACGCUUUGCAACAUACCGCUCAAGAGCUUCUCAUAUUUCGCAGAAACCUUCACUUGUCCACUGGGUAGCGCAAUGAACCUCGGAAACCGAUGCGCUUACGUAUGA